UUUUUUUUUCUCUCUCGCUGUUUCCCCCCUCCCCUCCCCUUUCGGUUCAUCAACACCAACCUCCGGGAAGCUGGGAGCAUUGCAGUUACUAAAGUGCUUGGAGGGGAAGCUAGAGAUCUGAAGCUUUGUCCUCUUCGUUUCCAUCUGUGUGCAACAUGACCAGCACCGAGCCUGCAACCUCGCCGGAGUUCAUGGAUGACCGGCCGGUGGAUGAUUCCUUCGACACCACCUACAAGGAGAAGCAAGGGGCAAAGCCGCCCAUGAAGUUGGUGUGGCGGAAUAUCAUCUUGAUGGGAGCUCUCCACUUCGCAGCUUUCUACUCUGUCUUUCUGGUGCCUUUCGCUAAACCUCUAACCUGGCUCUGGGCCGCCCUUUGCUUCUUGCUCAGUGCCCUUGGGGUGACAGCUGGAGCUCAUCGACUGUGGAGCCACCGGUCCUACACAGCCACUACGCCGCUCAGGGCGUUUCUGGCCAUUGCAAACUCAAUGGCUUUCCAGAAUCAUAUUUAUGAAUGGGCUCGGGACCAUCGGGUGCAUCACAAGUUCUCCGAAACUGAUGCUGACCCUCACAACGCCACACGCGGCUUUUUCUUUUCACAUGUCGGGUGGCUAAUGGUCCGGAAGCAUCCAGAUGUGAUCGAGAAGGGGAGCAAGCUGGACCUCAGCGACCUGAAGGCAGACCCUGUUGUCAUGUUCCAAAAAAAGUACUAUAAGCGCUCUGUGGUGCUAAUGUGCUUCAUCAUCCCCACGGUUGUCCCCUGGUAUUUCUGGGAUGAGUCGUUCUGGAACGCAUACUUCAUUGCUGCCAUCUUGCGGUACACAUUGGUGUUGAAUGCCACCUGGUUGGUGAACAGUGCAGCCCACAUGUUCGGGAACCGGCCCUAUGACCGAUGGAUCAACCCCCGUGAGAAUCGAUUUGUUGCUUUUGGAGCAAUAGGAGAAGGGUUCCACAACUAUCACCACACAUUCCCGUAUGACUAUUCGACCAGUGAGUACGGCUGGCGAGGGAACAUCACCACCUGCUUCAUCGACAUGGUGUGUUGGCUCGGACUGGCCAGUAACUGUAAGAGGGUGUCCAAGGAAGUCAUCCUGGCCCGCAGGAGGCGAACGGGUGACGGCAGCAUCAGGAGUGGCUGAGCCCGCCCGAGUGAGCAGACUGUCGAGUCACUGACGCACCCCUAAUGCCAAAGACGCCACUGACUGGUCACGAAGGCAGUCUUGUCAACCGCUAAACUAUAAUUUUUUUUUAAGGUGGAAUCUUUUUUCGGAUUAAUAAGUCUCAUCUGACCGUGUCCCAGAUAAACCGAUGAAAGAGUUGAAAAUAGUUGGAACAGCUUUUAAUUAAUAACAAUUGUGCUUCAUUGUUGAUGGUAGACACGGUUCAUUCAGAAUUUUGGAAUUAACAUCUUGCUGAAUGGUAAUCUUUGGGGGCCACUUUGUGUAAACCUUCCCUUUUUUUUUUACCAGAGCUGUUUUAGUACCAGUGUUAAGUGGUCUGAGUCCAUGGAGUAAUCCUCCCCACCCCAAAGAUUGCUUAACACCGGUAAAGAUUCCACCUUAAAACAAUUCCAUCGUAACUCUCGCCUCAGCUACGUGCUAGAGACACACAAAAAAAAAACAGUCUAGGCAGAGGGAAGUGCUUUUGCAAAUAUUUGGCGCUUCAUGCCGGACCUGUCAUGCAGAAAUGAUUAGAUCGAGACGGUGGGGAGCCACUCAAAUUCUGGCUGUUCCCGUGCAAUCUUUUUCUUUUUGAAGGGAAGGGUUAAUUGAGGGCUCGCCAUGAACCCUGCUCAUCUCGCAUUUCAGUUGCAAGGUCGGGUUUGACAGCCACACAGUAUAAUGUAUGCCCAUUGCCUUCCUUAAACUAAUAAGCUGAUGGAUUUUUAAGUUUUGUCACAAUAAACCGUGUGCCCUGGAAUGGGAAUCUGGUGCCUUUUUCCUCGGUGCGCGAGUGGUAUAUUGACAACAACCAGGGUAGCCAAUGUGCUCAACUCCUCCUGGGAUACCACAGCCUCAAUCCAUCCUAAGUGCUGACCAGUAACCUUCUAUAUUUCUUUCCACCUACAAAAAAAAAGCAGAUGCCUAGUUGACUAAUUUUGUGCAGAAUGAUUUAUAUAAUAGUUUCCUGCCCCACCCUCUGCCUUCUCCACCCCUCUUAAGCUCAUUAAUGCCAGUAACAACUCUUAAUGUAACUGAAAAUCAGAGACUAGCCUCCUUGUUAAAAGGGGGUGAGGGGGGAAUUGACUGUUGGCACACAUUGUGCCCCUUUUAAAUCUUUAAUAUUGACUGAGAUUACAUGAAAGUUUGCACCAAAUGUUCGUGAGCACGUGAACAUAUCGGCACCAAACAAGAUCCUUGUUUCCAAUAUUCCAAUGGAUCUGUCUAACGUUUCCACAGGGUUGCCUAUAGAAUUGGCAUUUUAGAUGGUCAGGACUGUACCCUAUGAAGUUUGCAUUUGAGAGACUCUUCUUGAGAUUUUUCAAUCUUCUAAUUCGUGUUUGGUGUAAGGUGGGAUGCUGUUGUUGUAUUGUGUGUCUAAAUGUUCCUGUUGUGCUUCAGUAAUCAUGCUGCAAGUUAAUAGUAAUAUAAUUAAAACACUAAGAGAGAACUGUAUAAAACUGUUGCCAUUGAGACUGUCCCGAGUAUCAAGAACUGCUUCGGCUUGUUCAAAAGCCAAUUUGUUGACACUCUUAUCCUGCUCCAGCAACAAAACUAAAUGGGGUCACAUUGACUCCUCAUCAGCUUUUCCUGACUACAGUGCAGAGCUCCAACAUACUAGGCCAACUUUCUGCCUGUAAAAACCUAGCAGCUGGUGGCGGGGGUGGGUUCAUUCAACACUUGAGCUGCUCUCCAGUGACCCGACCAAUGAAGAUCUAACCGCGAAGGGGCAAUGUUUGCUCAUUUCGCACCCCCCCCCCCCCCCCAAAAAAAGCCAUGGAUUUGAAUGUGUGUCAACUCAGCUGCUCAGUUGGUUAAAGUAAAUCAAACUCCUCAAACAGGCCAGUCAGUCAGGGCCUAACUGAGCCAGCUGAUGUCAGCAGUUAAUCUGGUAUGUCUUUUUCUUCAGAACUUUCUAUAUUUUGGGAGGCAUUUUGCCCCCUUAGCUUCCCCCCACCCCCUCCAACCCAACCCCCUUGCCACGUAACCUCUGCAACAAACCUUGGUUCAAGUUCAAACUGCUUCAGCCUCAACUGACCGUAGCAUGUGGGUCAGGGGUCAAUGUUGUGGGCCCACCUGACUUGUGAAACCCGCCAGCUGUAUUUAGUAACAACCAGAACACUUUUGUCACCUGCAUGCCUUAAUUGACAUCGGACUCUGAAUUUAAUUAGGGGAGGGGUAGCGAUUAAAGGGUCCCAGAUGAUUACUCACCAGUUGCCAACAUUGCUGAGAUGUGCCACCCUUGUCCUGUCACCAGUUCUACUUCAUUUAAAGAAAUACUUCCCCUUUUCUCACCCCCUCAUUCUCUCUCCUCCCCACCUCAAAGUGACUCACGUUGGAGUAAGGUCAGCAGAUGCCCCUCUGCUGCCUGUGGCCAUUGUCCAAGCCAUGGUGGCUGAGUCGGGCAGGCUAUUCAACCAUGAGGUGGAAUUCCAGCCAGGCCUGACCCCUACUCUUGCUUGAUGGACUCACUUAACCCAGAGCUUGAUUGCCUGCACACCACUCCCCGUCCAGCUGAGAUCACCUUGACUCCAAAUAGAAUUAUCUCCCCUUUUAUAGAAGUCUGUAUCUGUAAUCUUAGAAACAUGCUGUUCACCAACAUUGCAGUCUGAAACUUGCUAUGACAGUGUACAGAUCCUUGUUGCACCUGUACUAUUGUCCCUUAUCGCCUAUUUCAAAAGGCAUUGGCCCAUUUCAAAUAAAGAUUUGACUUUU